CUCCGCCUCGGCACGUUACUUUUGAACCACCAUGCAGAGCCAGGACGACCCCGAGCCCACUGUCCGUAUCCGCGACCUCAAAAAAGACAGGGCAGACUUUGUUCUUGAGAAUGUAGACCUUGCUUUUGCCAAUUCUCUCCGGAGGGUCAUGAUGGCGGACAUUCCUACCAUUGCAAUUGACAUGGUCGAAGUGGAAGCUAAUACAUCAGUUCUACCCGACGAGUUCAUUGCUCACAGGCUCGGAAUGGUGCCCUUGGUCAGUACUAAUUGCGAUGAGGCCAUGAAGUACAACAGGGAUUGUACCUGCAUGUCAUUUUGUUCAUAUUGUUCUGUCCAACUAAUCUUGGACGUGUCCUGCAAUGAGGCUAUCACCAUGGACAUAACAAGCAAUCAUCUCGACGUCGUGGCCACACCCACCGAUAUUUAUGCCACAGACGCCGGUGAUGAGCUUACAAAGAGGACUGCCGACUUCGGCCACCCUGUUGGGAAAAGUAAGCUGUCCUGCACUCUGAUCUUUGAGAGUAGACCUUGUCAUUCUCUUCCAGAUAGACCCGGAGUGCCUCCAGUGCUUAUUUGUAAAAUACGGAAGGGGCAGGCGCUGAAGAUGAGAUGCAUUGCAAAAAAGGGUAUCGCCAAAGAACAUGCCAAAUGGUCGCCUUGUUCUGCAGUCUCAUUUGAAUACGAUCCUUAUAACAAACUCCGACAUACAACACAUUGGUUUGAAGUAGAUGAAAGAGCUGAAUGGCCAGUUGGCGACAAUGCGCGUGAAGAAGACCCACCACGUGAUGACGAAGUUUUUGAUUUUAACGCAAAACCUAAAAAAUUCUACUUCCAAGUGGAGACGGAUGGGAGUUUAGGUCCUCAAGAAGUGGUUAUGAAGGGCCUCAAAGAACUGCAAACAAAGUUGGCCAACCUUAUUUUAGGCCUCAAGCAUGAUACAGAAGUUGACAUGAUUAAUGGCCAAGACCAGCAACUUGCAGCUCCCACUCAAGCAGCUGAUGCUUGGGGAAGUAAUGGUGGUGCCGGUGGCGGGUGGGGUGACUCGAGUGGAUGGGGUGGCAGUUCCAGUCCCUCCCGCACUGGAGGAGCAAGUGCAUGGGGAGGUGCUAGCCCAACUUCAGGUGGCGCUACAAGUGCAUGGGGUGGAUCUGGUGGUUGGUCAAGUCCUGAACAGCAAUCAAAUGGAUGGACUGUGUAGUCUGGACUGCUAUUGUUUGUUUGUAAUCUAUAUGUAUGUCCGUCGUUAUUUCGUAAAAUUCAAGAUGGUUCCUGCUGUAUA